AUGGUGUCUCUGCUGCGCCUGGCCCUCGCGGCGGUGCUGGCCACGGCCGUGCAGGAGAGCCGCGCGGCUCGCCCGCGCCGCCGAGGCCAGCCAGGCCAACCCGGUUCGCAAAGUGGUCUCCAUGCUGCAGGCCAUGCAGAAGAAGGUCACGGAGGAGGGCGAGCGGGAGAAGGAGCUGUAUCCGACGAAGCACUGAGGUGCUACUGUAAGACGUCCGGCGGGGAGCUCACGGGUGCCAUCAGCGCAGCCCAGACCAAGGCGCCGCAGCUGACGUCGGACAUCGAGAGCUCCCAGGAGCAGAAGGCGCAGCUGGAGGAGGCGCUGAAGCAAGCGCAGGUGGACCGCGCGGACGCCAAGGAGGCCGUCGCGGAGGCUACUGCGAUCAGGGAGAAGGAGGCGGCGACCUUUGCGGCAUUCAAGGCCGAGUCCGACGCCAACAUCGAUGCCAUCAACAAGGCGGUGGCCGCCCUCGAGAAGGGCAUGGCUGGCUCCCUGCUGCAGACUGAUCUGGCGCAGCGCUUGAAGAGGCUGGCCACCUCCCGCGCGGACAUGCUCGAGGACGACAGGCAGGCGAUCCUCGCGUUCCUCUCCGGAGGCCAGUCCGGCGAGUACGCGCCCCAGAGCGGGCAGAUUACCGGCAUCCUCAAGCAGCUCUCGGAGGACAUGUCCAAGUCCUUGGCCGACGCGACCGAAACAGAGGAGAAGGCCAUCGCGACCUUCGAGGAGAGCUCGUGA